AUGGCAGCGAGAAUAUCAGCCUGGGUUAACAAAGUCCGCCCAUGGAUUCAGCGGGAUAUUGAGCAGGCUAAGGAGUGCAAGGCAGAUGCUAUGCUGCAAGCCCUCCUGCAGCACGCUUCUUCUACUCCGGAGACUACUAAACAGCCCGAGCUCCUGCAAAAGUGCCUCAAGGCAGUUCUGCCUGUUUGUAAUGGACAGGUGUCCACAGCACUUGCAAAGUCUUCGGAUGUCGAGAUAGCCCUAAAAGAAUACAUGAGUCCAGGAGACGAAAACCAGUUCUACGGCCCUUUUAUAAGAGCCACUAAUAUUGCGCUCGCUUGUCUUGAAGAGAUCAAGGUUGAUGGAAUGGAUGCUCCUGUCCCCGCUGUGGAUAUGAUCUGUCAGCAGAACGAUAUGCCUAUGCACCAAACCCACCAGACCGCGAAAUCAAUUCGGAAGCCCGACCUUGUCAUUCUUCCGUUGAACAGCGCGUGCGCUCCAUUCGAGAAAAAGAAAAAGAAGGAUAAGAACAAGGACGACAAGAAGCGCAAGGCUCACAUGGACACGAAUGCGACGGCAAAGCCGAAAAAUCUCCUCUGGCAAGAUAUUCUUGCUUGCAUUGAGUUCAAGAGAAAGACGCCAGGAAGGAAGAAAGGGAUUCAACCGCCGCCGCCCUCUUCGUAUAAAGUGGAGGACUAUGUCCCUACCAAGCCGGAAUAUCUGCCGGUUGAUCAUCUUAAGCCAGAACGCCCCACGCCAGGCCCUUCGCAGACCCCAGCAACACAACCUGCGUCUGACACUGCACUUCUAUCUUCCGGCCUUACUGCUGCACAGCCCUCCCAGGGCGGGUCCAGCUCCAAGCGCAAGGCCGCGGACACUUUGGAAUCUGCCGCGAAAAAAUCCAAGAUGAACCCUGACGACACGGACGCCGAACUAGAUGUCACUGUCCAGACGGGUCUGUACGCCGCUGAAAUGUUUGCGGCCAAUCUUGCAGUCAAUUAUCUACUGAAUCUUAUCGUCGUCGACGAUGUAAUGUGGAUCUGGUAUUAUGAUCGGCAAGGCACUAUUCAAAGCUCGGGCAUCAACUUCAUUCAAGAUCUCCCGCGAUUCAUGGUGCUGUUGUAUGCUUUACAACGAUUCAAGCUUGAGAAUUGGGGUCGAAACAAGGACUUCCUCCCAGUUGAAGUUGAGGAGAAGCGGUGCCACGAAUUCAAAAUCACGGAUGAAGAACUUGGAGAGGUGGAUCUACUGCUUCACACUAGCCAUGACGAAAGAGUGACACACUACGGACUACAAGGACGCGCCACCAAUGUGGUCCCUGUCACUAGCGACGUGCUUGCCAAGAAAUACCCAAACGUCCAGGGUGGGAUGGUAGCCAAGAUCUUUUGGGGAGAGGUGAAUCACACUAGCGAGCCGAAAAUCUUGGAGAAGGUCAAGGAGAUCGCUAAGGUGCACGCCACCGUAAAAGACCAUGUUCCUGAGCUGCUUUGGCACCACACGUUCACAAAUCUCACAUCCGCAAUCCGAGAAGCGCUCGGCGUUCCAGACCCCAUCACAGGCAGUCGCAUGCUCUACAUCCUCAUAUUCCCCAAGCUCCACUCCAUCACGAAGCUUGAAGACAAAGAGCUUUUCGAUGUAUGGGUUCAAUGUAUUAUAUGUCACGUUACUUUGUGGAAGGAAGGGGUUUUUCAUCGAGAUGUCAGCCCUGGAAACAUGAUGUGGUACGAGAUAGACGGGAAGCUGAUGGGUGUCUUGAACGACUACGAUCUAUCCUCGUUAGCGAAUGACCCGGGUCCUCGGGGCAACGAGCGCACGGGCACGGUGCCGUUCAUGGCGCUCGAUCUUCUCACCGAAGAGGGUCAACGGGGCGAAAUCAAACACCUAUAUCGUCAUGACCUGGAGUCGUUUGUGUGGUGCUUGGCUUGGAUUUCCUUGCGUUACGAGAACGGAGCCCUUCUACCAGCGGAAUCGCGCCCUUUUGAUGAAUGGGCGACUUUAGACGCCGUGACAUGUGGCGUGAAGAAGUACUAUUUUCAGGGUCACCUCAAAGCUCCCAAAAGCUCGCACAUAGACCCACUCCUAUGGUGUCUUAUUGUGGAGUGUUUCGAUUUGCUUGACACGGAUACUUUCAAUCGACAUAAGCAACUCCUACGAUCUAUAAAAAGGAGAGAGAAGCCCACCAACACCGAGGAAACGGAAUCAGAUAUCGAUAGUUUUCUACAGCGAUUCAAGGAUACCGAGAGCUGGGUUGCGCUCAGCACACCUCCCCGCGAGCCUUCACCGUGA